CGGCCGGUCCCGGGACCAAGACGCCGCCAUGGACGGGGAUGCGGUGCAGGAGCCGGAGGCCGCGCGGGCCCGGCCCGACUUCGCGGAGCUGUACGGCGCGGCGCUGCGGGCGUCCGGCGUCCCCGAGCGCUACUGGGAGCGGCUCCUGCACAAGCUGGACCACGAGGUCCUGGAUGCUGGGGAGAUGUUCGGGAUCAUGCACGUACAGGAAGCCGAGGAAGAGGAGGAGGAGGAGGCCACGGCCGGUGAGGCCACGCAGCGCAACCCCAAUCCGGGCUCUGAGCUCAGCUACAAGGUCAUCGUCACCAGCGAGGACGGGCUCCGCGCUGGGGACCCCAACAGCAUCUUCCUCAUCGAUCACGCCUGGACCUGCCGCGUGGAACAUGCCCGGCGGCAGCUGCAGCAGGUGCCCGGCCUUCUGCCUCGCAUGGCCAGCCUGAUGGGCAUCGCCUUCCAUGGGGAGCUGCCCGGACCCCGCACCGUCGACCUGGUCCUCGAGGAGAUGUGGAAGUUCAACCAGACCUACCAGCUGGCCCACGGGACAGCUGAGGAGAAGGUUCCUGUGUGGUACAUCAUGGACGAGUUCGGCUCCCGAAUUCAGCACUCAGACACGCCCAGCUGUGCCACGGCACCCUUCUUCUACCCGCCGCAGGGUGCGGCCUACACUCUGCUCUGGCCCCUGCGGGACCUGCUCAGUGGAGAGGAGGUGACCCGGGACUUCGCCUACGGGGAGACGGACCCUCUGAUCCGGAAGUGCAUGCUGCUGCCCUGGGUCCCGGCAGACCUGGGCGACCUCAGCUCCAGCACACCGGAGCCGCCGGACCAGCACUACCAGGCGAUCCUGCAGGAGAACAAGGAGUCGCUUCCGGUGCUCAUCGAGACGCCAACAUACUCCCGGGAACACAUUUUCAAGGUGCACACAGACGUGGCCCAGGUAUACCACAACCUCACACACCCCCGUUUCGUCUUCACCUCGAGGGAGGCCGAAGCCGACAUCCUUCACCACUUCUCCCACUUCAAGGACUACCGGAGCUUCAGCCGGGAGCGGCCUCGAGUGAUGCUGAACCAAUUCCCCUGCGAGUCUCUCCUCACCGUCAAGGACUGCCUGGCAGCCGUGGCCCGGCGUGUGGGGGGCCCGGACGGCCCCGCCUGGCUCCCUCGAACCUUCAACCUGCGCACGGAGCUGCCACAGUUCAUCAGCUACUUCCAGCAGCGGGAGAGGCGGGGCGAAGAUAACCACUGGAUCUGUAAACCCUGGAACCUGGCACGCAGCCUGGACACGCACAUCACCAAGAGCCUUCAUUGCAUCAUCCGGCACCGUGAGAGCACCCCCAAGGUGGUGUCCAAGUACGUGGAGGACCCGGUGCUCUUCUUCCGAGACGACGUGGGCCCCGUCAAGUUCGACAUCCGCUAUGUGGUGCUGCUGCGCUCUGUGCGGCCGCUGCGGCUCUUCGUCUAUGAUGUCUUCUGGCUGCGCUUCUCCAAUCGGCCCUUCUCGCUCGAUGACUUGGACGACUACGAGAAGCAUUUCACAGUCAUGAACUACGACCCUGAAGUGACCCUGAAGCAGGUCCAUCACAACCACUUCGUCCCCGAGUUUGAGAGGCAGUACCCCGACUUCCGCUGGAAGAAAGUCCAGGCCUCCAUCUUCCAGGCCUUUGUGGAGCUGAUGCAGGCGGCCAGUGCCAAGCCGCCACCCCUGGGCCUGUGCGACUACCCGUCAUCCCGGGCUGUCUAUGCCAUCGACCUGAUGCUCAAGUGGGACCGGCGCCCUGAUGGGAGUCGCGUGAUGCAGCCGCAGAUCCUGGAGGUGAACUUCAACCCCGACUGCGAGCGGGCCUGCAAGUACCACCCCACCUUCUUCAACGACGUCUUCAGCACCUUGUACCUGGACGACUUCGAGUGCUGCAACGUCACCCGCCUCGUCUAGGCCACGGGGAGCCUGCAGCCACCGGCUGUGUGUGUCCCGUCCCUGAACCCCGACCCCGCAGAGGGCUGCAUUCCGCUUUGAUUCUGGGAUCUCGGGGGACGAGGGGUGGCGGCUGACCCUGCUCCAUCCGUGUCCCCCUACACUGUCCGUCCACCCAUUCCUGUUUCUAGGGCCCUUUGAGACGCCCCUGGGCAGCCUGGCUGAAGCCAAAAGGAUUUUGGGGGUGAAACUGGACAUCCACUUAUGCCCCCCCUACGGUGGGGGGGGGGUCUUCCAAGUAGCCAACGGUGGACAAGGGUGCGCCCCUCAGGGUCUCUCCCUGGAGGGAGCUGCCUAUGUCUUCCUCAGUCCGGGAGCCUUCGUUCCACAUUAAAGAUCGUGUUUUCAUUA